AAAGAAGACAUAGCUCGUCCAGCAAGCCUUCUUCGGCCGUUCCUCCCACUUCAGUAUUUUCCUUCUUCCCUUCUCUGUCCAAAAGCAAAGGAGGCAGCGGGAGUGGAAGCAGCCGCUCUUCCGGUGGAGGUGUCCUAAGCGCAUCCUCAUUAAGUUCCAAGUUGCUGAAAUCACCCAAAGAGAAAUUCCAGCUCAGGGGGAACACCAGGCCAAUGCAUCCCAUUCAGCAAAGUAGAGUCCCCCAUGGUAGAAUCAUGACGCCCUCUGUCAAAGUGGAAAAGAUUCAUCCGAAGAUGGAUGGCACACUACUGAAAUCUGCGGUGGGGCCCACCUGUCCUGCUACUGUGAGUUCCUCAGUCAAGCCUGGCCUUAACUGCUCCUCAAUACCAAAGCCAACCUUGCCUUCACCUGGACAGAUUCUGAAUGGCAAAGGGCUUCCUGCAGCAUCCACUCUGGAAAAGAAGUCUGAAGAUAAUUCCAAUAACAGGAAAUUUUUAAAUAAGAGAUUAUCAGAAAGAGAGUUUGACCCUGACAUCCACUGCGGGGUCAUCGACCUCGACACCAAGAAGCCCUGCACCCGCUCUUUGACAUGCAAGACACAUUCCUUAACUCAGCGGAGGGCUGUCCAGGGUAGAAGAAAACGAUUUGAUGUGUUAUUAGCCGAGCACAAAAACAAAACCAGGGAAAAGGAAUCGAUUCGCCAUCCGGACUCUCAGCAACCAACGCAGCCUCUCAGGGACCCGCAGCCCGCCCCUCCUAGACCUUCACAGGAGCCACACCAAAACUCUCACGGAGUGAUUCCUUCUGAAUCAAAGCCUUUCGUAGCUAGUAAACCUAAACCUCACACCCCCAGUCUUCCAAGGCCUCCAGGCUGCCCUGCUCAGCAAGGUGGGAGUGCCCCCAUUGACCCUCCUCCAGUCCAUGAAUCUCCACACCCUCCCCUGCCUGCCACUGAGCCAGCUUCUCGGUUAUCCAGUGAGGAGGGAGAAGGCGAUGACAAAGAAGAGUCUGUUGAAAAACUGGACUGUCAUUAUUCAGGUCAUCAUCCUCAGCCAGCAUCUUUUUGCACAUUCGGGAGCCGGCAGAUUGGAAGAGGCUAUUACGUGUUUGACUCCAGGUGGAACCGGCUUCGCUGCGCCCUCAACCUCAUGGUGGAGAAGCAUCUGAACGCGCAGCUGUGGAAGAAAAUUCCCCCGGUGCCCAGCGCCACACCCCCCGUCUCCACACGUGUUCCCCAUCGGACGAACUCGGUGCCGACAGCACAAGGUGGGGUUGGCUGUCUGGCCACAGCCACUGUGUCGACAUCCCCCGUCCUGCUCUCGGCCACCUGCAUCUCCCCAAACAGCAGAUCGGUACCAGCUCAUGGAACCACACUAAAUGCACAGCCUGCCGCCUCUGGGGCAAUGGAUCCUGUGUGCAGUAUGCAAUCCAGACAAGUGUCCUCUUCAUCCUCGUCCCCCUCCACCCCCUCUGGCCUUUCCUCAGUGCCCUCCUCCCCGAUGUCCAGGAAACCUCAGAAGUUGAAAUCCAGCAAGUCAUUAAGGCCCAAGGAGCCUUCUGGUAACAGCACUAACUGUCACAAUGCCAGUAGCGGUACCAGCGGCGGCUCAGGAAAGAAACGCAAAAACAGCUCCCCGCUGUUAGUUCACUCUUCCUCCUCCUCCUCCUCCUCCUCCGCUUCUUCUCAUUCCAUGGAGUCUUUUCGCAAGAACUGUGUGGCGCACUCUGGGCCUCCCUACCCCUCCACGGUAACAUCUUCCCACGGCGUGGGCCUCAACUGUGUGGUAAAUAAGGCGAACUCCGCGAGUGUCCGGCACGACCAGUCAGGGAGGGGCCCCCCGGGAGGGAGCCCCGCUGAGUCCAUCAAGAGGAUGAGUGUGAUGGUGAACAGCAGUGACUCCACGCUUUCUCUCGGCCCGUUCAUUCACCAGUCGAGCGAGCUGCCCGUCAGCUGCCACGGCAGUUGCUCACACGCUCACACUCCCCUGGACAGACUGCUAGGAAAGAAGAGAAAGUGCUCGCCCGGCUCCGGCGGCGCCAAACCCACGAAGGUUGCCAGAUUGCCAGCCGCCAACAAUGUGCACAUGAAGCAUGCGGGCGCCAGCCCGGGGCCCCCAGGACUGACGAACAGUUCCCUCCCUCAUCAGCCAAAGGCACGUCCCUGACAGCUGAAAAUAGCGCGGGGAGGAAUAAUCUGGACACUUUUGACGACAAGUUACACCUCCACUCAGCACUAUGGACUCCACGAUGCCUUUGAGUCUGUUUUCCCAACCUCCUGUGGGCUUCGAGGGUAGAAAUCUGCCGGGCUGUUGUUGUAACGAGGAUUUCCCUGAAGCUAUGUCUGUAGCAGUGAGUACGUGUAAAGGACACUGGAUCAAGUUCAGCCACCGAAUUGCUUCUGUCAGUGUUAACGUGGUCUGGACUGCUUGCUACCAAUCUGUGAGAAGUUGUUGCUUUGUUUUUUUUAACUUGCAGUAAAUCAUGGAGCCACUCUUUGAGUAGAUUGGCGGGGCGAAAGAAUGUCUUGGCAAGAGCAUUACUGUAGACUUUUCUCCCUUCUUCCCCCUUCCCGUCCCAGUUCUUUUUUUACACUGUCUUCUGUAGGUCACCCUCCAGCAGUUAGGUCCCCCAUCUGGAGACACCUUCCAGAGGAGAGCAGAGCUGCGCCCUGAGCAACCCUCCGGAGAAGGCAUGUGCUGUCAGGUUUUUAUAGCAAUGUUCCGGGAAGGGAAUAUGGACGUUAGCACGAGGCAUCAUGACAAAAUAGCCUGUAUUUUCCCCCAGCUUUUUGCAAGUAAUUUGGGGUAAGAAGCUGUCAAAAGUUUCUAACUUACAAACUGGUUUAAAGCCAUCGACACCCAGAGAGCAAGUAUACCACAUUGUAGAGGCUUACUUUUCAAGGUACUUUUCAUUCUAUGUGAUUUUUUUUUUUUUUAAGAAAAUGCAAAUGCAAACUAGUUUUGAUAAUGGAAAGCCAAAUUUUGGUUGGGGGAUGGGGGUGGGGGGUGGGUAGAUAAAAUCACUAUGGGGGAAAUGUUUUUCCAAGAUUUCCAAAGAGGUGGAAUUUUUUAUCCUUUAAGUUUUCAUGUUGUACAAUAAGGCAGAUUGGGUUGGUUGCCCUGCCAGUCUCCUGUUUUUAAAAAAAAAAAUGCCUUUGUAAAGUGAAAUUACUAGAAUGCAGCAGAAACUGUCAUUCACGAAGUCAUUAAUAUAUGUAAAUGUUUCCAGGGCACUGUGUGCAUUACCCUCAGUCUCGGUGGUUGCUGUCCUGGGACUCCAUGUCAGUUUCUGCUGUGAGCACUCCCCGUCUGGUGCGUGUCUGCUCUCCCUUCCUCUCCACAGGUUCCCUGGGAUGCCGUUGGGUCCCCAGGCAUCCAGGGAGGGGAGCAGGCAAAUGUGUACACAUACCCAGGCAAAGAUGACGUGCUGCAUACACUUGCCCGACAGACCCUCCUUCCCGGGGAUUAAUACCAGCCGUCUUCCAGAGAGAGUUCUGGAGUCCCUCGGGGUUAUUUAUUUAUUUAUUUAUUAUUUUUUUGAGUACCCCAUCCCAAAAGAAAGAGCUUCCUGUGUUAAAACGUCAGUGCUUGAGAAGGUAUCAUUGCAUUGGGGGGAUGAGCUGGGGCACUGGCACUGGUGAUUCCACGAUCACAGCUCCUGAAACAAGAACCCAGGCACUUUUGCUUAGAAGAACACACAGAGUUGCCGAUCACCACAGGGUACCUUUCCCCGGGCUCUGAUCGCUGCUCCGGGCAGGGCCUGGACAGGGCCUGGACAGAGCCAGGCAGUGCAUCCUUUCUUUCCCUACAAUUCUUGGGUUACAAACGUCAGUUUCAGGGAAUUUCGAGUCAACAACAAGUAGAAUGAGUAAAUACUUGGUUACCAGCCUAAUAAUGUGAAUUGCUACAGAAUUAUUAUGUAAGACAACAAAAGCUAUAUGCAGAUACUUUAGCUAUAAAUUGAUGUAAAAUAUUGAUUUUUUUUUUUUAAAGGAAGGGGAGAAGAGUAUCUUGUUCACUUAUUAUGCAAUCAGUAAAUAUUUUUAAAAAAUGAUACUAUAGGAGAGCUUAGUAAGGAGAGCGCAUGGAAGGGCCAGUUUGGUGUAGUUAGGAGAAAUCAGUCUGGUUGUUCCAUCCCAGUGGAGGGAGAGAACGGAAGUAAGAGGGAAUCAGAACGUACUUAAGUUGAUUCCUUGGUGACAAGUGCAAUGGGGCUAUGGGUAGAAUUUAUUUUCAGAGCCAAGGGGACUUGAUGGAUAUAAAUAAAGUUGCUUUUAGCGAUGGAAUUUAUAGACAGAUCAUGUUGUUCCAAAAGAUGUGAAUAAGAUCCAUGAUAGCAAGUUGAUUCAGAAUUAUGUAGAUAUUUAGAUAAGCGAGUGUUGAUCAUUUGAUUUCUUAGACUGAGGUUUUAAAUGAAUUUCAUUAUGUCUCCCGGUAGUACACAGAUCAUCGGGAUUAGGAAAUUAGCCAUUUUGGAUUCUGCCUGCCACAAACAGACCUAUUCUGAACAGUGCUAUUAAAUUUUAGACUGUUGAAAUAUUUUAUUUUCUCCUACAACUACUUUUUAUUAUAAUGAACAAUUAAGACCAUUUAAAACACGGGAGUACAAGUAUUUUUUUGAAUUAAAUUAACUUGCAAAAACCAAAUUUGCAGUGGUUGGGUUGUUUCUAGACAGACUUUGGUAUCAAUUUAAAACCAAGAUAAUUUUUAUAUUCUUUCCAAUAGAAUUUCAUGACAACUCCUGCAGUUUUCUUAACCUACAAAAAAAAAAAAAAAAA